AUGUGGCCAGCUCUCACUGCCUACCUACCUGACCAACAGGUAGCCAGUUGUCUUGUCAUAGCUUUUGAUGAUUUUAUUCUGAUUUUUCCGCUUCUCUCUUUUUCUCUUGUCAUCCUUUUCUUUAUCUUUCUUUUUCUCUUAUACUUUUCUUUUGCUUUUUCUCUUGUCAUCCUUUCUUUCCUUCUAUCUUCCUUUCUUGCUAUUCUUUUCUUUUUCUCUUGUCAUCCUUUGCUUUUUCUCUUUUUUAUCUUGCCAUCCUUUUCCCCUUCUCUCUUUUUCCUCUUGUCAUCCUUUCCCCUUUUCUCUUUUUCCUCUUGCCAUCCUUUUCCCCUUUUCUCAUGUCAUCCUUUUCCCUUUUUCUCUUUGCUGCUUGUCAUCCUUUUCCCUUUUUCUCUUUUUCUCUUGUCAUCCUUUUCCCCUUUUCUAUUUUCUCUUGUCAUCCUUUUCCCUUUUUCUCUUUUUCUCUUGUCAUCCUUUUCCCUUUUUCUCUUGUCAUCCUUUUCCCUUUUCCUCUUGUCAUCCUUUUCCCUUUUCCUCUUUUUCUCUUGUCAUCCUUUUCCCUUUUCCUCUUGUCAUCCUUUUUCCCCCCUUUUCUCUUUUUUCUCUUGUCAUCCUUUUUCCCUUCUCUCUUUUUUUUCUCUUGUCAUCCUUUUCCUUUUUUCUUUUUUCUUGUCAUCCUUUUCCCUUUUUCUCUUGUCAUCCUUUUCCCUUUUCCUCUUGUCAUCCUUUUCCCUUUUCCUCUUGUCAUCCUUUUCCCUUUUCCUCUUUUUCUCUUGUCAUCCUUUUCCCUUUUCCUCUUGUCAUCCUUUUCCCUUUUUCUCUUUUUCUCUUGUCAUCCUUUUCCCUUUUUCUCUUUUUCUCUUGUCAUCCUUUUCCCCCUUCUCUCUUUUUCUCUUCUCAUCCUUUCCCUUUCUCUCUUUUUCUCUUCUCAUCCUUUUCUCCUUUUCUCUUGUCAUCCUUUUCCCUUUCUCUCUUUUUCUCUUGUCAUCCUUUUUCCUUUCUCUCUUUUUCUCUUGUCAUCCUUUUUCAUUUCUCUCUUUUUCUCUUGUCAUCAUUUUCCCUUUUUCUCUUGUCAUCAUUUUCCCUUGUCAUCAUUUUCCCUUUUUCUCUUGUCAUCCUUUUCCCUUUUUCUCUUGUCAUCCUUUUCCCUUUUUCUCUUUUUCUCUUUUUCUCCUUUACCCUUUUUCUCUUUUUCUCUUGUCAUCCUUUUCCCUUUCUCUCUUUUUCUCUUUUUCUCUUGUCAUCCUUUUCCCCUUGUCUCUUUUUCUCUUGUCAUCCUUUUCCCCUUCUCUCUUUUUCUCUUGUCAUCCUUUUCUUUUUCUCUUGUUAUCCUUUUCUUCUCUCUUUUUCUCUUGUCAUCCUUUUCUUUUUCUCUUGUUAUCCUUUUCUUCUCUCUUUUUCUCUUGUCAUCCUUUUCUCUUUUUAUCCUUUUUCUUUUUUUGUACUCUUUUUUCUUCUUUUGCACUUCUUCUCUUCUUAAUCAUCAUUGCUCUUCUUCUUUCUCCCAUUUUAGUGCUUUUCUUCUUUCUCUCUUUUUCUAUUUCCCCUUUAUUUUUCUAUUUUUUGUUUUUCUCUUUCUCUUUGAACCUUUCCCAUACACUUAAGACUUCUGUUAUUUCUUUUAUUUUUAUUUCCUUUCUUCAUCUUUUUACUCCUUUCUGUUGUUUUUCUGUCAUGUUUUUUUUUUUUAUUUAUCUUUUAAUAUACUUUUCUCUUUUUUUUUUCUGA